ACGGCUCCAGCAGCGAAGAGGGAGGAGGUGGAGCAGCGGUAGGCGGUGAGAGGGCUCUGAGCUUCCGCAUUGGAGACCGGCCGGUGGGGCCGCUGUGUUGUUGUUAUUGUUGGUGUUGUGGUGGGCUGCUCCCUGCCUGGCGGAGAAUGGGCCAGCGGUGACCGUGUCCAGCCAUGUCUCAGCCCCCACAGUCCCCCUCGCAGGUCCAGCAGCAGCAGAGGAGGAGGGAUCGCCGCAUCUUCUCCGGGACAUGUCCGGACCCCAAGUGCCGGGCCCGGCUCUUCUUCCCGGCCCAGGGCUCGGCCAGCAUCGAGUGCACGGACUGCGGGCAGCGGCACGAGCAGAGGCAGCUGCUGGAGGUGGAGGAAGUGACUGAGCCGGAUGUGGUGCUGCACAACCUGCUGAGGAACGCCCUGCUCGGGGUGGCUGGGCCUCCCAGGAGGAACACUGACAUGGUGAAAGUCAUGGGGCUGUCCAACUACCACUGCAAGCUGCUCUCCCCCAUCCUGGCACGGUAUGGCAUGGACAAGCAGACUGGCAAGGCCAAGCUCCUGAGGGACAUGAACCAGGGGGAUGUGUUUGACUGCUCCUUGCUGGGCGACCGGGCCUUCCUCAUUGAACCCGAGCACGUAGACACGGUGGGCUACGGUAAAGACCGCUCAGGUAGCCUACUGUAUCUGCACGACACUCUGGAGGACAUCAAAAGGGCCAACAGUAACCAGGAGUGCUUCAUCCCGGUCCACGUUGAUGGCGAUGGCCACUGUCUGGUCCAUGCCGUGUCACGGGCGCUGGUAGGCAGGGAGCUGUUUUGGCACGCACUGCGGGAGAACCUGAAGAAGCAUUUGAAAGAUAACUUAGACCGAUACAAAGCUCUUUUUCAUGACUUCAUUGAUGCCGCCGAAUGGGAAGACAUCAUUAAUGAGUGCGACCCGUUAUUUGUUCCUCCUGAAGGUGUCCCCCAUGGACUGCGAAACAUUCACAUUUUCGGCCUGGCUAAUGUCCUUCACCGCCCCAUUAUACUUCUAGAUUCUCUAAGCGGAAUGAGGAGUUCUGGUGACUAUUCUGCUACGUUCCUUCCUGGCCUCAUACCAGUGGAGAAUUGUAAGGGCAAAGAAGGACAACUGAAUAAGCCAAUAUGCAUCGCAUGGAGCAGCUCCGGGCGCAACCACUAUAUUCCUUUGGUUGGCAUAAAAGGCAUCUCUUUGCCAAAGCUGCCCUUAAAAUUGCUCCCAAAAGCAUGGGGGGUGCCGCAAGACUUAAUAAGGGAGUAUAUAAAGUUAGAAGAGGAUGGAAGUUGUGUGAUUGGCGGGGACAGGAGUUUGCAGGAUAAAUAUUUACUCAGACUGGUUGCUGCAAUGGAAGAGGUUUUCAUGAACAUGCAUGGCAUUCACCCCAGUUUAGUAGCCGACGUACAUCAAUACUUUUACAGAAGAACGGGAGUUAUUGGAAUCCAGCCUGAAGAAGUGACCACUGCAGCGAAAAAGGCGGUUCUCGAGAACCGACUUUUUAAGUGUCUUAUCUGUGGCGCCUUGUCAGAACUUCUUGUCCCCCCAGAGUGGUUGACCCAGGGUGGGAAAUUGUAUAACCUUGCAAAGACCACUCAUGGACAACUGAAGCCUGAUAAAAACUAUAGUUUUCCCCUUAACAAUAUAGUCUGUUCCUAUGAUAUUACAAAUGACAUAUUGGUGCCCGACUAUAACUUGAGUAAUUUGACUAGUUGUAAUUGGUGCCGUGGAAAUUCUGUGCGUAGAGUCAGAAGUGAUGCCUCAAUUGUAUAUAUAGAUGGAGACAGAACAAAUACCAGGUCACUUGGUGGAAAAUGUGGUUGUGGAUUCAAACAUUACUGGGAUGGUAAAGAAUAUGACAACUUGCCUGAAGCCUUUCCUAUUACUCUUGAGUGGGGUGGAAGAGUAGUGAGGGAGACUGUGUACUGGUUCCAAUAUGAAAGUGAUGUGACUCUCAAUAGCAAUGUGUAUGACGUUGCAAUGAAACUUGUCACAAAGCAUUUUCCUGGGGAAUUUGGCAGUGAAAUUCUUGUACAGAAAGUGGUUAACACAAUAUUACACCAGACUGCCAAAAAGAACCCUGGUGAGUAUACACCAGUAUCUAUUGAUGGAGCUCAUGUACAAAGAAUAGAGGAUAUGCAGAUGGAAAAGGAGCCAGAAUCCCAGCUGCCCACCAAAAUCAUCUUAACUGGUCAGAAAGCAAAGACUUUGCACAAAGAGGAACUAAAUAUGAGCAAAGCAGAAAGGAAACUUCAGCAAAAUAUUUCUGACCAAGCCAUCAUAAUGCAAAAACGCAAAACUGAAAAAAUGAAACAAGAACAGAAAGGACAAGCAAGGACAUCAUCCCCUGGAAGUGUCAGAGACAGUUCAUCAUCAGGCCCGUCAACACCCACUAAAACACCUUACUCCCCAACAUCAUCCAAAGAAAAGAAAAUUCGGAUAACAACCAAUGAUGGUAGACAGGCAAUGCUCACAUUAAAAUCCUCAACCACCUUCUCUGAACUGCAGGAAAGUAUAGCCAAAGAGUUGGAUAUCCUUCCCCAAUUGCAAUGCAUACGUUAUGGAUUCCCACCAAAAGAACUUUUACCACCCAAAGAUGGAAUGGAAAAUGAGCCAGUUCCUUUACAACAUGGUGACCGGGUCACAGUAGAGAUUUUGAAGGCCAAGGACAAAGCUGUUCUUCACACUUCACCUCACUCUGUCCAUAAUGUGAAAGCCGAGGACCCAGCAGUGUCUGCUAAAUCAGUGUCUAGGGAACUUCAAGAGCAGAUUGACAAAGAAAUGUAUUCUUUAUGUUUGCUGGCAACUUUAAUGGGUGAAGAUGUAUGGACCUAUGUGAAGGGGCUUCCUCAUUUAUUCCACCAAGGAGGCGUAUUUUAUAAUAUAAUGAAGAAAAAUAUGGGAAUAGUUGAUGGAAAACAUUGCACGUUUCCUCACCUUCCUGGCAAAACAUUUGUCUACAAUGCAGCAGAAGAUAGGCUCGAUCUCUGUGUGGAUGCUGCAGGUCAUUUUCCAAUAGGCCCUGAGGUUGAAGAUUUGGUAAAAGAGGCAUUGAGCCAAGUCCGCUCGGAAGCCGCUUCCAGAAGCAGGGAGUCUAGUCCCUCACAUGGUUUGAUGAAGCUAGGCAGUGGUGGAGUAGUGAAAAAGAAAUCUGAGCAGCAUCACAAUGUGACAGCCUUUCAAGGAAAAGGACACUCGCUGGGAACAGCUUCUAGUAGCCCGGAUCAUAAUCAGAGACCAAAAGAUGCAACAAAGCACUGCGCAACAUCCGAUUUCAAUAGCACUUUAACCUAUUCAGACACUUCAUUGCCCUCCACAGCCAGUGACGGUGAACUUAUCAGAGUAGCUCCUGGAAUGGUAACCAUGAGAGAUAGUCGGCAACUUGAUCCCAAUUUAGUUGAAGCCCAGAGGAAGAAAUUGCAGGAAAUGGUUUCUUCCAUUCAGGCUUCAAUGGAUAAGCACUUACGGGAUCAAAAUGCUGAGCAAUCAGUUGGGACUGAUACUUCUCCAAAAAAGGGAGAAUGGCCCCCUGCAAAGCCUUUGAGCAGUCAGACAGAUACAUGUACGGACACGACUGUUGGUUCUGGUACACAAGAUAGUUAUGUUGCUAGUUCUGUGGAAAACAUGUUAUCUGUGAGGCCUAAAAUCCAACCAGGAAUUUCUGCAGAGUCUUCAGAAGAAAUGGACAGCCAAGAUAUAGAAAUGACCAACAUAGCGGAGCCUAUGGAUCAUUGAUUAGUACAAGCUUCCGUGUAAAGCAGAAUACAUAAAUAUAUUCUAAUAUGUUGUAUGUUGGCUGGCCCACAGUGUGAUAUAGUCCUAUACAGAAAUCUUGUAUGUUUAAAAGAAUAUUAAACUCCUUUUCGCUGCAUGAAAAUGUGUGUAAUUGAGGGUGGUGGUGAAAAGCUGUCAAGGUUGUUCUAGCUUGAAAUAGACUCGGAAAUAAUUUGUAAAUGUAAUGUGAAGGUCUGUGUUCAUGCAUAUGGAGAAACACGUUGCCUCUUUCAGUGCUGAAGGAGCAUUUAGUAACAUGCAUUGCUUGGCCACUUUACACCCAAUACAUAGUCUGACAAACUAAUCAAUAAUAAAUGUGCUGCUCUGCAUUCUGUUCAAAUUAAAGACAUUCAUCACAACAGAGCAGGUUCUGAGAUUAUCAAUCAGCUCAUGGCUUCAGUAUCUAGUUAGAUUUUGAAAUCCUAACAUGGAUUAUUCAGUGGAAAAUACUAACCAAUAUCUCAUUUUACUCUGCUUGAGGUUUAAUAAUUCGUUCGGCGAGAGGUUGAACUUUCCCAUGUAGUUUUUAAAUUGUGUGGAUUUGUUGAUGCUUCAGUGGAUUCGCUUUAAAAUGAGAUGUCUGUAGCAUGGUGGUGGACAUUUUUAAGCUCCUAUAAACACCAUAACCAUUACAGCCUGCAGUCGUGGUUCUAGUUCAGGGACCUGGUGCUCUUCCUGGGUAAGUAGACAAACCAUGAUAAAUAGUUUGAUAAUAUACCUGGGGUCUGCUUGGUGCUAGUCACAGCAUUUUCUGGAGCCUAAUGUUCCAUCAACUUCACUGAGCUUAGCCCUGUCUAGCCUGGCCAGCUCAUUGACUCAGAUCAUUAGCUGAGUUCUCUCAGGCAAUGAACUAAGCCCUGCACCACUAGGAUUAACUCAAUGCAAGGAGAUCCUGCCAACAGAUUAGGAGCUGAGCAGACCCCAGGUAAGUUGUCAAACGGUUUGACUACUUACAUUGGAAGAGUGCCAGGGCACUCCUACUUUACCUGGCUUAGUUCAGAAAGAGUUUUUCCAACUGUCUGGUUCAGGAAGUAGUGGUGGGGAGCGGCACUCAGCAGACCCCAGAUAAGAAGUCAGAUUAUUCUGAAACAGUUUGACUAUAUACAAAGUGGGAAGGGGGCUCCAGAGCCCUCUUGGCAUCAUAACCUAUACAGUGUGCUGUAAUGGUGCUUGGAGUGUUCCUUUAAUGAUGUUAAUAAAUCUUAAUCUUUUCCACGGAAAGAGACUAUUUUUGGGCCCUCUAUCACACACUCACAGGGUUAAGGUAAACCAAAAUUAUUUGAAAUUAAUCAUUGGUGAGACACUGUUGUGGACAUUAGCUUGCCAUGUGUAUUUAGAGCACUUUAGAAAUAUUACAUAUCUAUCUUCUUAUUGCCACAGGGUGGGUUACAGCUCAGCCUGAAACCACUAGUGUAAAAAAAAAAAAAAAAACAGGCAUUUUGUGCAAACCGUUUCCCCAAACGGAUCUAUGUAUUCAUACUCUGUCCUUUUAAACAUUUUCCAUUCACCGCUAUGCUGUAAGUUUAGCAAAAAAAUGUGAACUGUUUAAAAUAUUCAUAAUUAAAUACUUGUGGAUACUGGCCUGAAAACAGGUCAGACUUUAAGAAAAUGUGCCCUGUUUUUGGUCUUCAAUAAAGUGAUCAUUAGAAAAUAUUUCUAUUUUAAAUUGGUCCUUGUCAUGCGAAUGGAUGUUGAUCACAUCCAUCACAUUUUUUCUCAUCAGCCAUGAUUUUUAAACUGAUUAUUUUGGUGAGCGAUAAUACACAAACACGCAAAUUACAGAGCUUGUAAAGCACAAUUCUAGAUCCCCGAAGUACUAGCUGGCUUCCUAAGGUGUACUUGAUGUGCAUGGUUGCUCUACAUCUAGGAAAUUAAAUUAUUUAAAACAUGCAUCCCUAACUUUAAAUAACAAAAAGGACAAUAGUGUUGUGGUGGCUGGGUUGCUUUUUAUUGCCAUGCUUUACCCCACUAAAACCUAGGCCCAAUGUAGGGACUGAGAGAUAUAUUUAGAAACAAAUCCAUUUCUUGUCAAGUUUAAUAUAGAAUUAUUUAGAUCUAUAGACAAGGCAGUUUGAUAGAGCAGUUCCUUUAAUGUCAUUUCUAGUUUUCUUUAACCCCUUAAGGACACAUGACAUGUGUGACAUGUCAUGAUUCCCUUUUAUUCCAGAAGUUUGGUCCUUAAGGGGUUAAUGUGCAUUGUAGCUGUAGCUAAAUAUAUUUACUACGAUCUACAAGAUUAUGACGAUACAGUAUAAAUAAGACUGGGAAAAUCAAAAGAAGUAAUGAAGUUGUAAUACUUUGACUGUACAGCAUUGUCACUACCUACUAUUCAAACCUUGGCUAGUGUCAUAGGACUUGAAAUGUUAAAUUCUGGCACACAUCAAUAGAGAGAGAUGUUUAAAGGACCACUCUAGUGCCAGGAAAACAUACUUGUUUUCCUGGCACUAGAGUGCCCUGAGGGUGCCCCCACCCUCAGGGACCCAC